AUGAACGAACUUCAGGAUAAGAGUAGUGAAGUGCUAGUUGUGAAGGAACACAAUUUGUCGAAUAUCGACGUGCAAAGAUAUAGCCGUCAAAUCCUUUUGCAGGAAUUUGGUGUUCAAGGUCAAGAAAAACUUCAAGCUACUUCUUUAUUGAUUGCUGGAGUUGGUGGUUUGGGCUGCAAUGUUGCCCUAUACUGUGCAGGAGCUGGGAUUGGUCGAAUUGGUAUUGUAGAUGGUGACUUGAUUUCUUCUGAUAACCUACAUCGUCAGGUCGCUUAUGGUGAGGACUAUGUAUCUCGUCCCAAAGCACAUUCUUUACGAGCAUCUAUCAAUAGGUACUUAAUUAAUGAUGCAUGUAUGUUGUUGAAAAAACCUUUAGUAUCAGGGAGUGUUCUUCGCUGGGAUGGUCAUUUGUCGGUUUAUGGUUAUGGACAAGACUGCCCAUGUUAUCGGUGUCUAUAUCCUCAUCCACCUUCACGAGAUGCUGUGAAAACAUGUUCAGACGAUGGAGUUAUGGGCCCAGUUGUUGGUGUGAUUGGCUGUAUGCAAGCUAACGAAAUUAUUAAAAUUGCUGCAAACGUCAAAUGCUCACUGGCUGGUUAUUUAUAUAUCUUUGAUGGCUUGAAUAUCAAAACAAAGACUGUGAAGUUAAGACAAAGGAACGUGGAUUGUCUUGUAUGUGGUGAUAAUGCAUCAAUUUCUAAUCUUGAAGAUUGCAAGGAAUUAUAUGAAUGUUCAGCCAAAGAAAAUUGUCAACUUCUCGAAAAAGAUGAUCGUGUUGGGCCACUUUUUUGUUUGGAUCUAAUUAAAAAAUGUCCGGAUAAACUAUUAUUAAUGGAUGUAAGACCGGCGCACGAAUUUAGUAUAGGGCAUUUGCCUUAUGCCAUCAACAUCCCUAUGACAGUGCUUUAUGGAUGUGAACCUGAAGAUUUGUUCCACAAGCUUAAUACUGAUAUUAACGAAAUGAAAAAUAAAGGAGUUUAUGUAAUUUGCCGCCGAGGGAACGAAUCACAGGAAGCAGUAAUAUAUUUGCGAGAAAAGUUUGCGGACCCUAUGAUUUCUUUCAAAGAUGUUGAUGGUGGUUACGAGAAUUGGUUUCACACUGUUGAUCAUGAUUUUCCUCUUUAUUAA